UUGGUAUCAUGUAACAAGGCACUUACAAGCUAACGAGUUCUUCUAAUAUAACCACAAAAAAAAAGAAAAAUGCUGAGAGUGAGCACCAUCUUUCUCAUCUGUGCUCUAGCAUUACAUCCACUUUAUGUCUAUGGAGAUGACGAAAGCCAAAGCUGCCCACCUAAUCAAUUAUGGGAUGGAUGUGGAACUGCCUGUCCCUUGAAUUGUCAGAACUUUAGAAACCCACCCCUGGGCUGCAUUGAAAUCUGCGUGCCUGGGUGUUUCUGCAAGAAACCUUAUGUCUUUCUAAGUGGCAAAUCUGGUCUCUGUGUUCUGCCCAGGCAUUGCUAUCGGAUAUAAAAAAUAAGGAAAACUCCAGAAGUGCAUAUGUGGCUCUUUAUCAUUAAAAUCUGUUGGCUUAUCAUCUUCAACAUGCUGGACAACUCUUACCAAAUGUAAUAUGUACAAAGUUUAAUAUGAAACAUUAAUCUUUUCCAGUGAAUGAGUAAAUUUAACACAAAAAAUAA